CAGCAUCGAACUCUCAGGCAUUUAGAGUGUGCUGCGGCGUCGCAAUCUGACUUUCACAGCUAAUCGCAGUUGCGCAUCGCAUAACUGCUGCGUCGCACGGCGUUCCGACGCUGCUCCGAGCGCGAUACGCCCUGCGCGCAUCGCGGGAGACCACUGGCGCAUAUCGCCGCCUAAGCAGUAGCGACGCGGCAAGCCGGAUACGCGCCGCGAUAACCGCUCCACGGUCGCAUCGCUCACCCCAGCAGACGCUGUCGAAGCGCCAAAACACACAACACCCAUCACAACACAAAAAUCCCGUUUUCGAACGCGUCUCGCCAACGCAGGCAAGAGAUAACCAUGUCCAACGUCACCGGAGAAUCGGUAGGCAUCGACCUCGGCACGACCUACAGUUGCGUCGGCGUCUGGCAGAACGACCGCGUCGAGAUCAUCGCCAACGACCAGGGCAACCGCACGACGCCCUCCUAUGUGGCGUUCAACGAGACGGAGCGCCUCAUCGGCGACGCCGCCAAGAACCAGGUCGCCAUGAACGCCUUCAACACGGUCUUCGACGCGAAGCGCCUCAUUGGGCGCAAGUUCACCGACAGCGCGGUCCAAUCGGACAUGAAGCACUGGCCGUUUAAAGUGACGAGCGGCGUCGGCGGCAAGCCCACGAUCCACGUCCAGUACCGCGGCGAGGAGAAGACCUUCGCCGCCGAGGAGAUCUCGUCGAUGGUGCUCAUCAAGAUGAAGGAGAUCGCCGAGGCGUACCUCGGCAAGGACGUGAACAACGCCGUCGUCACCGUCCCGGCCUACUUCAACGACUCCCAGCGCCAGGCCACGAAGGACGCCGGCUCCAUCGCGGGCCUCAACGUCCUCCGCAUCAUCAACGAGCCCACGGCCGCGGCCAUCGCGUACGGCCUCGACAAGAAGGGCGACGAGCGCAACGUGCUGAUCUUCGAUCUGGGCGGCGGCACCUUCGACGUGUCUCUCUUAACGAUCGAGGAGGGCAUUUUUGAAGUGAAGGCGACGGCGGGCGACACGCAUUUAGGGGGCGAGGACUUCGACAACCGCAUGGUCUGACUCAGUGUCCGUUUUUGAACUUCGAGGUCGCGUCGAUGGCGUCACCGCGACGUCACGCCACCUCCACUUCUUCGACGUGGCCGCGAGAGCGUCCACGCGUCUCGUGAGUGACCAUCGGUCGACACAGGUCGACUACUUCCUGACCGAGUUCAAGCGCAAGUUCAAGAAGGACCUCAAGUCCAACCAGCGCGCCCUCCGACGCUUGCGCACGGCCUGCGAGCGCGCCAAGCGCACGCUGUCGUCGUCGACGCAAGCGCACCUCGAGAUCGACUCGCUCUUCGAAGGCAUCGACUUCAACUCGACGAUCACGCGCGCGCGCUUCGAGGAUUUGAACAUGGACUACUUCCGCAAGUGCAUGGACCCCGUCGAGAAGGUCAUGCGCGACGCUAAAUUAUCCAAGUCGCAAGUCAACGAGGUCGUGCUCGUGGGCGGUUCCACGCGCAUCCCCAAGAUCCAGUCGUUGCUGGCCGACUUCUUCAACGGCAAGGAGCCCUGCAAGUCGAUCAAUCCUGAUGAAGCUGUUGCGUACGGUGCCACCGUCCAAGCUGCGAUCUUAUCUGGUUCGGAUUCUUCGGAAAAGCUGUCUGACUUGCUGUUACUCGAUGUUACUCCUCUGUCGCUCGGCUUGGAGACGGCGGGCGGCGUCAUGACUGCUUUAAUCAAGCGCAACACGACGGUGCCGGCCAAGAAGUCGCAGACCUUCAGUACCUACGCGGACAACCAGCCGGGCGUGCUCAUCCAGGUCUUCGAGGGCGAGCGCUCCAUGACCAAGGACAACAACCUGCUCGGCAAGUUCAACCUCGACGGCAUCCCGCCCAUGCCGCGCGGCCAGCCGCAGAUCGAGGUGACCUUUGAUAUUGACGCGAACGGGAUCCUCAACGUCUCCGCCGUCGAGAAGUCGACGGGCAAGGAGCAGAAGAUCACGAUCAAGAACGACAAGGGCCGCUUGUCGCAGGACGAGAUCGACCGCAUGGUCGACGAGGCCGAGCGCUACAAGGCCGAGGACGAAGCCAAUAGGGUGCGCGUCGAGGCCAAGAACAGCCUCGAGAACUACUGCUACUCCAUGAAGAACACCAUGUCCGACGAGAAGCUCGCUUCUAAAUUAUCUGAUGACGACAAGUCGACGGUCACCUCAAAGAUCGACGAGACGACGUCGUGGCUCGACGCGAACCAGAUGGCCGAGAAGGAGGAGUACGAGGCGAAGCAGAAGGAGCUCGAGGCGGUCGUGAAUCCCAUCCUUGCCGCUCUUGGGGGCGGGGCCGGAGGUGGAAUGCCUGGGGGCAUGCCGGGCGGUACUUGUGCGGUGUCUGAAUUUUACUGAAUUUCGCGUCGAUGGCGUCGACGCGACUUCCCGUCGCCGUGAGGCCGUGUUCAUGAUCACGAGAAGCUAUCGCUGCGAUCUGUUACUUGACUCCGUCUUUUCCCCACAGGUAUGCCCGACAUGGGCGGCAUGGGUGGCGGCAUGGGCGGCGCUCCGGCCGAGGAGCCCGCCGACGAGGGCCCGAAGAUCGAGGAGAUCGAUUAA